AUGCCCCUAGCUCCUGCGGAAAGGCUGCUAACAGACUUGUCAACACAACUGGAUAUGUUCAUUCGGUUUCUCAAGGUCGACUUAACCCCCAUCAUCUUAGAGGGUGACUUGGUACAAGGGGAAAGUCGGCGGGCCACCGAGCUCUUGGCCACGGGAAUGAACACCCAGUGCUGGAUACAGCGACUCCAAGAAAUUCACCAAUGGACCAACCUAGCUUUGCGGGAGCAAGACUGGCUACAGCGGACUGGACGCAAUGAACCUACUCCAUGCUCAGGGUCCCAUCGCUUCGGAACCAUGGCUGCGUUUAUCCAAGAAGAGGGAUUGUCUGACAAUCACAACACCAAAAAAGCACUCCAACAUGGACGCAGGGUGAUGCGGUUUGAACGUGAAUUUGGGCAUGGAAUUACGCUCCUUUGGUUACCCGUCCUUCCCGCCUUGCGUUGUCUAUCCUUGGCCGAGGAAGCUCGAACAAUAGAGAUGCUGCGAAGCAGUGGCUUUGCAUACAUCGCUCAUCGGGCGCAACUUCUAGCUCGCCUGAGGUUCAACUACCAAUGCAUCCAUGGAAUCUAUCCCGGUAAGCUACACGGCCAAUCUGCCUAUAUUCUUUAG